AUGUCAGCAUCCACAGCAGCAGCAGGCACACUCAGCCGCUCCCCCCCACCCCCCUGCUCCUCCUCCUUCACCACCAACAACAACAACAACAACACCACCACCGCGGUCCGAUCGCAGCCCAUCCGCGCCACGGUGCCGUACCAGCUUCGGCGUGGAAACCAGCUCAGCCCAACCCGCUCUGCUUCCUCCUCCUCCGCCUCCUCCUCCUCAGUAGCCGGGAGCAACACAAGACCGACGACGUCCCGUUGCUCCAGUCCCGCCAGCCCGAGUGGAAGCGGCUCGGACGGCAGGCUGGUCCGCAGGCAGAGACUGUCACCGCCGGACAGCAGUGGUUCACCCGAACGGCCCCACGACCCGCCGCUUUCUAAAGCUGAAAGGACAAAGGCACAGCAGGCGAGCAGUGUGGGGGCCAUUGGGCGGACAUCCUCCUUGGGUACUAUCACUGGGCCCUACCUCUCUGGACAGUGGCCCUGUGAUCCUCACUUGCUCUACUCAUCUUGUAUGAAAGAUAAAUCCACACAGACUCCUGGAUGUUGGUGUGACGACUCAGGAGAGAAGAGGAGCACCCACCAGCGUUCUGCGUCCUGGGGCAGCGCCGACCAGCUCAAAGAGAUUGCAAAGCUUCGGCAGCAGCUCCAGCGCGGUAAACAAGGAGGAUGCCACAUUAAAGACAAAGACCGGUUGUCCCCUCUCCAGUACAACACCAUCACCUGCACCACCCUCCCCAGCUCUACCAACCACAACUCCAGAGCCAGCCACGUUCAGCACUUUUCCAUGUCGAAGUCGGCCCAGAUGCCGCUGUCCAACAUCACAGUGCCAAAGCCUUCCAUCUCGAGGGUGCCCAGCAGCAUGGAGGGCAUCAACCAUGAGCUGGAGAAGGUCUUCAUCAAAGACAACGGAGAGAAGGAGGAGCUCAAGUCCCUGGAGGUUCCUGAUGGGCGGCGAGCACCGUUCCCUCCUCAGCAGCGCAGCAGCAGCACCCGAAGCGUGGACACCCAGACUCCCUCAGCCCCCGGCCGGUCCAGCAGCUGCUCCAGCCUAUCACCCUGCCCCUCGCCAGCUUGCCCACCAGGAUCACAUAACGGCAGCCCCUACUCCACAGAGGAUCUAAUGUACGAUCGUGACAAGGACAGUGGAAGCAGCUCACCACUGCCCAAAUUCGCCUCCUCACCAAAACCCAACAACAGCUACAUGUUCAAGCGAGAGCCGCCGGAGGGCUGUGAGAAGAUCAAAGCUUUUGAGGAGAUGAGCUCGAAGCAGUCAGCAUCAGCGUCAGUCCCCCUCUUCUCCUGUCCCGACAAAAACAAGGUCAACUUCAUCUCGACAGGGUCGGCAUUCUGCCCCGUCAAACUCCCCGGCUCCCUGCACCUCACCCCAGCCUCAGAGCCGGAAGAGGAUGAAGACGAUGUGCAGGCGGGCCCCGGCUCAGUGCUCCAGGGGACAACAUCAUUCUACGGUGGCCCUUCUCAGGUCUCCAUAAGCACCAGCACAGAAGACCCUGCAGUGGAGCCCGGCUCCCCUUCAAUGACUGCAGACCCCCUGACAGACAGUCCAGCCAUAAGCUAGACCUGAGCAGAGCUGGCCUCUGGCUAUAGGAUCCACGCUAGCAACCACCAACCAACACCACUAACUGUCCCACCAACACCUCCCUUUGCUCUGCCAGGGGAGUCUACGACUCUCUGUGCUGACCCCCUCCAUACUCUUCUGUCUCUGCAUGACGUAGCACCAAUGUCCCAAUUAACCACCACCACCACAAGACUCGCCACCUCAAUGUUCCUGCACAAUGUCUGAGCUGUUGUGGUAGAGAAGGACUUGAUGGUUCAAGUUUUGUAUAUGCAGGCAUCAGAUGGAGGAAUGGAGCACUCUGGAUGGGGGGUAGGGGCAUGCAUUAUAAAAUGGUAGUCUGGUUAAUUAUGUGUUGUUUUCUGUUUCAACAAUCACAGUAUAAAUAAGCUCUAAUAUAUAUAUAUACACACAUAUAUAUACAUCAGGGUUUUCCCUAGGCAUCUUAGGUGCUGGUUUUUAUUAUGGAUAUUUAUUAAAACACAACACAGGUUGUUGUUUUUCACAGGACACUCAGAGAUUAACAAGAAGAAAAGAAAAGUGAGCACACUCAGCAUCAUCAAAAAUAACACUGGUAAAAUAAGACCUGUAAUGGGUGGAUACGAGCAUCGGUUUACUCAUCCUCCCACCACCAUCUGACAGUGCAAUCGUGUUUGACUGCUUACCAAAGGUUUUGUUGGGUUGGAUGGUUUCAAACUGUCCCAUCGGCCAUAAGUUAGCUGACCAAGUUACUGUAGCAAGAGUCAUUCCUCUCAAAUCAUUUGUCUUUGAGCUCAUCUUUCUUCAUUUGUGCUUUAAAUACGUUAAGAGACUGACAUUCUUACAUUGGAGAUGAACACCAUCUUUUCUCUCUAGAGUAGUAAAGAAUUCUCAGGAAAUUAUUUUCCUUCGGCUUAGAUGCUUCACAAAAACUCCCAUAACCGUAGGGAAAACCCUGGAUAUGUAUAUACACAUACAUCUACACAGAUCAGCUGCAAUAUUAAUACCACUUACCACAUUUACCUUUUGAGACUGAUCAAUGUGUGUAUAUAUACAUACAUAAAUGUAUAUAUGCAUAUCUUUUAUGUGUGUGUGUUUGUAUACAUAUAUAUAUAUAUAUGUUUUUUUUUUUUGUAUUAUAACAAAAUACAUAUGCUUGUUUAAAAGAAAAAUCCAAAACUGUGUAUAGCUGUGUUAUGUACUGAGCAGGAGAAACGCUGUAUAAUGGAUUGGAUUAUGUUUACACUAUCCAGGUCACAUGAUUGAACCCUGUUUAAAAAAUGCAAACCACAAAUAAUUAGACAAAGACUAAAGGAAAAAAAAGGGCCACAAAUUGGUUGCACAGUGUCUGCAUCUGGCCUUGCUUCAGGUAUUUCACAGAGUAUAUACUCAGGUAAUAUGGAAUAUGUGUCCAUACAAAUAUCUGCAGCUUGACAAAGCAGAGCAGAUUCACUGUCAUUCAUUCUUGGCUCCUCUCAUUCUCAGACAAAUCGCUCUUUUCUGUUCCAGAGUCCAGUCUGAGACUAGACCUGUGACAGGAGCUGCAGAGGGUUUAGGCGUAUGUUUUUGGACGGGUGGUGGAACAAUGUUUGGACCGCACACACUGUGACUGAUGACAUGAGUGGCCGUGUGUGCACUGAUGUAAGCAUGCUGGACAGAGACUUGGAAAGACAUGGAGUGAGAGUCUGUUAUUUAAGUCUGAUGACAAUGUAGGACUGGCUCUCUUGAGCCUGUUGACGAGAAGUCUGCAGUACCAUCACAUGAAAAUAUACUCAAACGGAAAAAUUAUGUGCAGAUUGGAGAUGGAGUUAUACAAACUUUCCCUGAGGACAUGACCUGAUUUGUUAUAUUGAACCUUACUAAGGAGGUUUAUUUUACAAAUGAGCCUGACUUCAUCAAGACCACACCUCACGUAAUACUUUAUAUCUGAGGUUCAUAUCAAUAUAUUUAAAAAAGAUAAUAUAAUAUAUCACAAAUAUUUGGUAAAUUGAUGAUCGUCUUAAGUUGGAAGAAUUGCAAUCAAGAUUUAGAGCACAAUGUUUCCCAUUUGCCAGCAUUUCUUCCAGUAUAACAGACUGUUGAUAAGGAAAGCAAUAGAUCAUUGUUUUCAAAGAAUGUAUAAGACGUGUCAUGAGACUGAAUUGUUAUUUCAAUUAAAGAAUAAUACAAUUUUUCCCUCAUCAAGAAAUAGUUCUAGAAUAAGGAAUAAAGAACUGUGUGACUGCACGAGGCACCAUUCAGACAGGGUACCGUCAAGACAUUCAAAUUUCAGUAUCAAUACCAUUGUCAAACAAACCAAUUGUGAAAAACCAAGCUUUAAAUACACACAAGCAACUUCAAUAGGAAAACUCAUCCUGACUGGCAAAUUGCUUAAAGGUUGCACUUAUGAAUAUUCUUUCCAAUAGGGGGAGGGAUUCACCCAUUGUAGCUAUCAUUUUUCUGGGAUGGAAGAUAGUGUUUGUGGGCUGCAUUUGAAGGAGCCUUAAAAUGUCUAGUCCAAUUGCGGUGACACAAUCAGUCUUCAAAUGCAACCUCAAGAGUAUGCGGUUCCUAAACUGAGACACAGCUGUAUUUUUUGCUGCCCCUAAGUAACAAAAACCCCAUAAAUGCAGGUUCAAGUUGACAAUAAGCAACAAUUAAACACAUUUAAUUACUCCCUUUGGCACUUUAGAUGUUUCUAUAAUGAUUCAGUAAGUAAAGCUAUCAGGUUUGAUACCCAGCCCUGGGCAACAGUUGAUGUUGAAACACUGUUUGGUUCAAUCUUAAAAAUUCCGGGUGCGGCCACAUCAGAUGAAUGUUUGUACAACCUUUAUCUCCAUUUAGUUGAUAUACAAACUCACACUGUACUAAUCAUCCACAUACUUGUUACUCUAUUAAAUGCAUUCCAUGCGAUUAUAGUAUCCAAGACAUGAACAGACUCAUCAUGAUUCAUUCCUAAAAUAUCUCUCAGCCUUUUGUUGUGAUUGCUGUAAGAGACUAGCUGCAGUACUUAGCGUUGUUGGCUGCAGAGUCAGUAGCACCUUCAUGUGUGAUGCAUAGAUAAAAGCCUGUCUCUGUUAUUACGUGUGUUGUAGGCCUCCUCAUGCUGCCUCCAGGCAGCUGAACCCUCUGAACAUCCCUUGUACUCUGUGCUGAACACCAUCUUUUAGGCUUUGGUGUAAAUGAUCCAACACUUUGAUUUGCAAGAGUGUAACAUAAUCCACAUUUAUUUGGAUAUCUGGUGUGCUUGUGGAAUCCCUGCAUUUUUGUUCCCUUCAUAUUUUGCAUAUAUGUGGCUUUUAAAGAGGCUCAAUGCAGUGUUGUGGUUUCUAAAGACUUUUCAGCACCUUACCAAGAGCUAUAGCUUUCCCAAUUUCCCACAUAUACUCAACAUUGGUAAACUAGUUGUGUGCAAUAAUAGAUAAAAAUGGUGAUGUUCUCCGGGAUGUUGUCCAUUCUUUGACUCGAGUGUCUCAUCUUGCAUUCUUUUGGUUUUGAGCACGGGGGCUGGAUCAGCAAGUAGUUCUUUGCUAAAGCCAUCAACCAAUACAAAACCAGCACUUAGAGUGACCAGAGCACAUCACUGGCAGGUCAGAGGUUUCAUAGACUUACUACAUAAUCUGCGUUGUCAAAGUUCAUGCACAAUGGCAAUAAAGAAAUAUUUGUUGUUUUGUCCACUCUA